CGACCAGACACACACACACACACACACACACACACACACACACACACACACACACACACACACACACACACACACACACACACACACACACACACACACAACAUACCAAACACAUACACAGACACGUUCUCCCUGUCCCUCACAAACACACACAAACACACAUUCUCUCUCUUUCACUCUAACAAGCACACACUGACACAUACAGACACAAACACACCAGCACACACACACAUACACUCACACAAAGGGACUCACACACACAAACACACACCUAUCACCUCUCAUGAUUUCUCCGUCCCGGGCUGCGUCACGUCUGCUGUGCUGUGUACUCUUCAGUGUGUUCACAAGUUGUGCGUGCGUGUGUGUGUUCUCUGUGUGUGCAUGUGUGUUCUCUUUCUAUCCUUUUCUGUCCGAGCAGCAAGCAAGCCAAGCCACUUCUGAGGAGUAUUACCGCUACAACAAGGACUAAUACAACUUCUACUAAUUCUACUUCUAUUAUUCCUAGUACUACUACAACUUCUAUGAAUACUAGUACUUAUUUCGGCGAGUGAUGAACGCUGCAAGCGCCGUGUGUGCGUAGCGGGAGCCAACAGUGUGCAUCUGUUGGUGUGAGCGAGCGAGGGAGAACACGAAAGAGAGAGAGGAGAGAGAGAGAGUGUGUGUGUGUGUGAGAGAGAGAGACGGAGCAAGCCCUCUUCACACACACACAGAGCAUGCCUUUGCGUCCGGCAGUCGGCAACCAUGAGCCGCCCAGCCCGCCCCGGCAGCACCAGCACCCCACUCAGCAGCAGCGGGAGCAGCGGGAGCGCCACGCACACUCGCUACACACGCAGCAGCGCGCGCACGCUCCCGCUCAGCCGGCUCCCGACACACAGGCAGCGUGCACAGCCAGCCGCUGGGGCAGGAGCGGCACCCGGGGAACGGACGGCGGCGGCGGCAGGAGCAGCAGCAGUGGGCGCGGUGUUGGAGGCGGAGGCGGCGGCAGUCCCGUUCCCCACGGCGUUCCGGCGUUGCAUCCCGGUGCAGAAGAGCGGAGGAACCCGAGCGCGCUAGGAGGACCCAUGGAGGAACCCACCGGGAACACUGUCGUCAUCCGCAUAGGAAUCCCUGACCUGCAACAGACGAAAUGCAUGAAGUUCAACGUGGACGCCCCCAUAUGGCUGUCUAAGCAGCAGAUCCUGUGCACGCUCAACCAGAGCCUGAAGGAUGUGCUCAACUACGGCCUCUUCCAGCCCGCUUACAACGGCAAGGCGGGCAAGUUCCUGGACGAGGAGCGACCUCUGCGGGAGUACCCCUUCCCCUCCAUCGCCCCGGUGCCAUACCUGGAGUUCCGUUACAAGAGGCGUGUCUACACUCAGACUUACCUGGAUGACAAGCAGCUUUCUAAACUGCAUACCAAGCAUUCCUCCUAUUUUGAUGUGCAGGCUUGUCGCCAUGGCCACGUGCAGCACCUGGAACACCUGCUAUUCUACGGCGCUGACAUGAGUUCCCAGAAUGCAUCUGGAAACACGGCCCUGCAUGUGUGUGCGCUCUAUAACCAGGAUAGCUGUACACGAGUUCUUCUGUUCCGGGGGGCCAAUAAAGAAAUUAAAAACUACAACAGCCAGACUGCAUUUCAGGUGGCCAUUAUCGCAGGGAACUUUGACCUGGCGGAAAUCAUCAAGAUCCACAAAGUAUCAGAUGUUGUGCCUUUCAGGGAGACCCCCACCUUCGCCGCCCGCCGGCGGGCCAUCGUGGGCCCCCUCCCCUCGCCGCGCUCCCUGCUGCGCUCCGCCAGCGACAACAACCUGAACGGUGACCACGGCGACCACGGCCUCGGCCACGCCCCGCGGGAGGCCCGCGGCCGGCACGGGCCCUCCCCCGGCCCCUCCCUGAGGAGCCUGCCCGCCCUGGGGCAGAAGCACUGCAGCCUGGGGGAGAGCCGGCACGGGGAGGUCCCGGAGAGCAGCAUCCAGAGCGCGGGCUCCUCCUGGUCGUCCCACUCGCGCUCGCCCUCGCUGCACCACGCCCAGGACGAGGACCGCCCCGUCCCCCGGAGGUCCCACAGCCACGGACACCCCCACGGCCACAGCCCCCGGGGCCGCCUCAGCCCUGGGACGGUCCAGCGGGACCCCAGCCCCCCCCACCACACGCCUCCGCCGGCUCUCAGCGGCCCUCGGGGGCCCAAGAGGAAACUCUACAGCGCCGUCCCGGGACGCACCUUCAUCGUGGUCAAGCCGUACUCGCCGCAGGGGGAGGGGGAGAUCCAGCUGAAUCGUGGCGAGAGAGUCAAAGACUUUGACACUAAUGACGUGGAAGUGCUGAGUAUCGGAGAAGGAGGCUUCUGGGAGGGAGCGGUGAAGGGCCGCACCGGAUGGUUCCCUGCAGACUGCGUGGAGGAGGUUCAGAUGAGACCGUAUGACCCCCGGCUAGAGACGCGAGAGGACCGUACCAAGAGGCUGUUCAGACACUACACUGUGGGAUCCUACGACAACUUCACCUCAUACAGGUGUGCCUAUGUGUGUGUGUUAACCCAACAUGUCGUGUCUGUUACCACGGCAGCGGAGACGCCCAUCGAGGAGUUCACGCCCACGCCGGCGUUCCCGGCGCUGCAGUACCUGGAGUCGGUGGAUGUGGAGGGCGUGGCCUGGAGGGCGGGGCUUAGGACAGGAGACUUCCUCAUCGAGGUGAAUGGGAUGAACGUGGUGAAGGUGGGCCACAAGCAGGUGGUGUCUCUGAUCCGCCAGGGGGGGAGCGGGCUGCUCAUGAAGGUGGUCUCGGUGACGCGCAAACCCGAGUCUGAGGAGGUGGUCCGGAAGAAAGCGCCCCCCCCGCCCAAGAGGGCCCCCAGCACCACGCUGACGCUGCGGUCCAAGUCCAUGACGGCGGAGCUGGAGGAGCUGGAGCGGCUGGACGAGAUGCUGGCCACGCAGGAGCCCACGAUGCGGCCCCCCGGGCCCGAGGGGGACUACCGGGCGGCCACGGUGAAGCAGAGGCCGACCAGCCGGAGGAUCACCCCGGCGGAGAUCAGCUCGCUGUUCGAGAGGCAGGGGAUGCUUCUCCAUGGGGGCCUCCACCCUGGGAUCGAGAGAGGUCACAUGCCGGUGCCAAAGGGUAUGUCGAGGACAAAGUCGUUUGGUGCGACUGAGGAGGACCGCCUGUCGGCGUUGGUGGCCGAGCACCGCUUCCCCCGGAGCUCCUCCAUGACCGACAGCCUCCGGGAGCAGUACCCCCCCCACGCCAUCCCUCCCCCUCCUCAGGGUGCUCCCCCUCCCCCCCCCGCCCUCUACUACCAGGACACCUGCCCUCCCCCCGGCUUCUGCCCCCCUCCCCCCCCCUCCCGGACCCAGAGCCAGGGCCACGACCCCGGGGGCCGCUCCAGCUUCAAGCCGUCCUCCCUGGACCUGCCCUACGAGGCCCAGCGCCAGGCCUCGCACCUGGAGCGGCAGAAGAAGGCCCGCUCCAUGAUCAUCCUGCAGGACUCCUCCCACCUCCCGGUGGAAGCCACCGACAUCCCCCGCCCCGCGGCCACCACACCCCCCGAGCGGAUCAAGAGGAAGGGCCGGGUGAUUGACAACCCCUAUGCUAACGUGGGGCAGUUCAGCAUCGGGAUGUACACGCCCACUAAGCCGCAGAGGAAGAAGAGCCCCCUGGUGAAACAGCUGCAGGUGGAGGAUGCCCAAGAGAGAGCGAGUUUGGCGCUGGCGAGCGCCCAUUCGCGAGACACCUCACCCUCAGGACGGCUGGCCAACGCCCACGGGCACACGCACACCAGCCGCGCAGAGUACUACCAGCAGCAGCUGGCGGCGGAGCGGGAGCGACUGCGCCUCCAGGGAGAGGCCCUGCUGCAGGGCAAGGGCCCCUUUGCUGCCGCCAUCGCCGGAGCCGUCAAGGACCGCGAGCGGCGGCUGGAGGAGCGGAAGAAGUCCCCCGUCUUCCUGUCGGUGGGGACGCUGGAGGGCCUGUCCGCCGGCGGCCCCGAGGCCCACGCGUUGACGCCGUCCCGCUCCGUCGACGAGCGCAUGCUGAGCCGGGAGCUGGGCCAGCUGCCCCCGCCGGCGCUGGCCCUGAGCCCCUCCCCCAGCGGCACCACCUUCAUCCACCCGCUGACGGGGAAGCCGCUGGACCCCAACUCCCCGCUGGCUCUUGCGCUGGCCGCAAGGGAAAGAGCCCUGACCUCUCAAAGCCAGUCCCAGUCCAGCAGCCCCGAGCCCAGGACUAAACAGGAGCGAGCGGGCCCGGGCGGGAUAUUCAUGGACAUCCAGACCAAAGAGUGUCAGCUGGGAGGGGGGGACCAGGCAUCGCCCCCGUUCUCCUCCCAGAGCUCCAAGGUAGGGGGCUAUGGAUCCUCGUUAGGGGCUAUGUUAGCCCCUCAGUCCACCAAACCGCCGUGGUCUUCGUCCUCCUCUCCGGUGUCGCUCAGACAAGACCUGGAGGGACGAGGGGAGGAGGUCAAGGAGGAGAAGAAGACCAUGUUGAUCAGCAUCCUGGACACGUCCCAGCAGAAGACCGCCGGGCUCGUCAUGGUGCACGCCACGAGUAAUGGUCAAUCUUUGGGGGCGGGUUCAGAACCUGAGGCCACGCCGUCCCCAACAGCCAGUGAACAAAGCAAACCUCCAAGCCCCCGGGAGAAAUCCCCCAGCCCCACAGCCCCACAAAUACAACCCCAAAUGCAGGCCAAGUCCCCGGUCCUCCAUUCUGCGAGCCCGGUCCAACAGAUGGCCCUCGCUCAGGGCAGCUCUGAGGAGGACGUGGAUCCCUACACCGUGACCCUGCCGGCCGCCAUGUUGUCAUCGAGUGACGAAGAAACCCGCGAGGAGCUGCGUAAGAUCGGCGUGGUGCCGCCGCCGGAGGAGUUUUCAAACGGGCUGCAGGCGAAGGCUCAGGGGACCCCUUCAUCCCAGACCAGCCCUGCCUCCUCCCCCACCACCCCUUCUAACACACUGACACCCCAAACCCCUUCCACCCCGACCACCCCCACGCUGACCCCCACUCAGCCUCAGACCCCCCUCCCCCUGCCGUCGCCCAGCACAGCGUCCGUCUCAGGGAAGCCCUCUGAACCUCUGGAGCCCCCGCCUGUGGGGGAGUCCGGCUCCGCCGCCGACUCCGGCGUGGAGGAGGCCGACACGCACAGCUCCAGCGAGCGGGAGCGAGACCACCACCUCGAGACCACCAGCACCGUCUCCACCGUGUCGAGCAUGUCCACGCUCUCGUCGGAGAGCGGCGAGCCGGCCGACACCCAGACCACGCAAACCUCCUCCUACGACGGGCAGACCUUCAUGCCCGACAAGCCACCAGUGCCUCCCAAGCCACGACUCAAGUCCCAGAUAGGAGGCGGGAAGGGCCCGGUGACGUUCAGGGACCCCCUGCUGAAGCAGAGCUCCGACAGCGAGCUGCUGUCCCAGCAGCAGGUGGCGGCGUUGGCGGCGGCCGCGGCCGGAGGCGCGUCGUUGACCGCCGGUGGCUCGGCGUCGGUGUCUGGGCUGGCUCCGACGAGGCCGCGAUACCUCUUCCAGCGGCGGUCCAAGCUGUGGGGGGACCCGGUGGAGCCCCGUGGGCCUGGGAUCGGGCUAGGUGUUGGGAGUUUGGGAAAUCUAGGUGGGCUGGGGCUAGGGUUGGGACCAGAUGAAGUCGGGAAACCAUCCGUCAUGGGAGAGCUGAGUUCAAGGCUCCAGCAACUCAACAAAGACACCAGGUCGCUAGGAGAGGAACCACUGGGGGCGUCUCUGGACCCUGGCAGGAAGUCUCCAGUGACCGGAGCCCGACUCUUCAGCAGUCUAGGGGAGCUCCAUACCAUCUCCCAGAGAAGCUACGCCACCGCCUACGCCAUCCGGCCCGGCGCCCGCUACCCCGCCACCCGCCGCACCCUGAGCCCGGGCUCCCCGGACAGGGGCGACCCCCACGGGCGCCUCCCCGGCUUCGGCCUGCCCACCUCGCCGACCACGCCCCCCCACACCAUCCUGAAGACCUCCAGCCUCAGCCUGCCACACGAGCCCAAGGAGGUCCGCUUCGUGAUGAGGAGCUCCAGCGCCCGCUCCCGCUCGCCGUCCCCGUCGCCGAGCCACUCCCCCGGGCUGGGCUCCCCGCUGCUGGCCCUGCGGCCCUUCCACCAGAAGCCCCUGCACCUGUGGAACAAGUACGACGUGGGCGACUGGCUGGAGAGCAUCAACCUGGGGGAGCACCGGGCGGGGUUCCAGGAGCACGAGAUCGAGGGCUCCCACCUGCCGGCGCUCACCAAAGAUGACUUUGCGGAGCUGGGGGUGACCCGCGUCGGACACCGCAUGAACAUCGAGCGGGCGCUGAAGCAUCUGCUGGAGAGCUGACCCCUGCCCUGAGGCCGAGGAACGUGGGGGGGGGGAGAGGUAGAGACAAACCAAGGAGAGGCCCAGAAAGAUGCACCAGGAUGGAGGAAAGAGCCCCCUUCUUUUACUCUUCGCUCCGUUUUGACACCUUCUCAUUGAGUUACUCAUUCAUUGAGACCCUGCACUGAAUCGUACCUCCCUCUCCAUCCCCCCCCCCCCCCCCCCAUAUCCCCGGUGCAAGCAGCUCUAGGAUCAGGCCCUUCAUACCUUACAUGGAGGUCUGCAUCAGCUCCAACUACAAACACUUCAAAAGAGUCAACAUUUCAAAACCUUUUGUUAUUCACACCCUCGUGUCCUCAAAGAAACCCCUCUUCUCCUUUCUACCCCCCCCCCCCCCCCUGUCGAGUCUAGGGGCCCACCACGCCGGACCCCCACCACGCUGCGAGUCAAAGAAGGGAGGCAAUCUAGUGUCUGAACGGAGAGUUCAGUGGCCUUUCAGAAGAGGUUUCCAGUGAUAUGAAUGACGGCUGAGGACGCUGCCUCUGCUCAGACAGAGCGUCGUCUCUACCUGGGGUCGCUCUCAGACCGCCACCUUGGAGCUCCUUCUGUAGGAGACCCCCGGAGAUCCAGCUUGGGUCCCAGGAUCCACACUGGGCUAUCUAUUAACUAUAUUCGGAGAAUGUUUAACCAACACUAGUGGCUUUUUACUUAAUCAAACACUUGUUUUGUUUUUGUUUUUUCCAAAGGGAAUAUUAUAGAUCUACAUAUAAAUAAUGUGAUAUACAUAUAUGUGUAUAUCCAAAUAGCUUUGAAAAGAAAAAACACAAUGUUACAAAGAGGAAAUAUGAUAAAUAAAACUGCACCUGUGUUUUGUUUCUAGUGUAGAGGGCCAAGAGAAGAUUUAUUUCGCCAAUACUUUACUAAUUUCUACUAAUUAUAUACAUAUAUAUAUAAAUAUAUAUAUAUAUUUGAAAUAAAAUAGUAUAUAGAUAUAUUCAAAAGAUUUUUUGUCAAGGUAAACAAAAAAAAGUAACAUGACAAUGGUCAUACACGAUCAUAUAUAUACAUAUAUAUACAUGAUCAAAUCUGAUCUUUACUCAUGGUCACAGUAGCAUGGCAAGUUGCAUCAUGACUCGGAAAGAGAGCGUUCUUUGUGUUCUUUUUAUUUUCUUACGGUCUUCCUUCGUACGCAAAGGCAUCCCAAAAUGUGAGGCCCCGCCCGUUGCCUGGGUUACAGCUCUUAAAGUGGUGUGCUCUUUCUUUCCUUCCUUUCCUAUUUUUUACUCCAUGAGGGUUUUUUCCGCAGUGCACAGCCAGGGUGUCCUCAGGCGCCGCUCAGGGAGGGGGUGAGGAGGGGUUGGGGGAGAGGGAGGGCUGGGGCAUGGGGGUCACUUGGUGGCUGACUUUAUUGGCCUCUGUUUACAAUCGUAUUCGGGAAGUAUAGGUUUAAACCCCCAAGGCUGACAGGUCUGAGCCCGGCCAGCCAGCCCCGUGGGCGCUGCUUUGUGGAAACAAGGACCACAAUGGUGACCUCCAUCCUACAGUGCUGUAUACGGCAGUUAUGGAGGGACAAAACGAUUUAAUAUCUUAUCACAGGUACAGGUGGACAGGCAGUGCUACGAUUUGGCAGCAAAACGGUCAAACCUUGGCAAGAAAUAAGCCUGGUACGUUUUUUAUAAAGAUAUGUUCUACUUUGCCUGAUUAAUUUCUCCCCCCACUCCCUGCAUCAGCUUUAUCAUCGAAAAUGAGAGAACAACAGAUCCCGCAGUGGUUUGAAUCGGCUUACAGUCUGUGCCUUGGCAGAACAGCAUUGCAGGUCAUUUAACUGGCACGCUUCGGGCUCUCAGGACGGGGGGAGUCUUCUGCCUGAACCAGGUCUGAACAACACACACACAAAAUCUGCAAUUGUAAUCAAAACGAGUAGCCCCUGCAGCCAGUGAGAACCAGUGAGUUUUAUUCAUGCAACACAAUGAUUUGUCUGAUCCAGAGCCACUUCUCGAAGAGGAGCUGGGAGAUCCACCACCACCAUUAACAACCACCCUAGAUCAAGGCCGUCUGACCGGUAGGCCAAGAGGCAUGGCAAGGACGUUGGAUCUCUCCCAAAAGCGCUUUUGGUUCAUUUUAAUUUCUACCACUUUGGCCAGAGGGGGGAGCGAGGUAGAGAGGGAUUUGGUUCUUUGUAAUGUUGUGUAAUGUUGUAGGAAUAGCACUCACUGCCUCACUGUGACCUCGCUGAUGAGUUCCUUCAUUUUCUUUUGUAUUUUAGUGCUAUGAUCUUAAGACUGAGUUGGAGUUUAUUGGUUUCUGUGUUUGUUUUUAUUGAUUUUGUUUGGAUUGUCAUUUUUCCUCUUUGAUUGUUUGAUUUAUUGCCCUCCUACACUGUGGGUAGAUUUUGUAGCUUGUGGAACAUGAUACUUUUAUCACUACUUUGAAUUUUAGAGUGAACCAGACAGGAGAAGAAAAUACUAAUGUACUGUCUAUUGCAACAUACUUAUACUUGUAAAUAUGAACAAAAUACAAAUAUUUGCUUUUUAUAUUAAUCAGAAGCAAUGUAUAUAUGAUAGAUUUCAUAUACAUUUUUCGAAAAACAAAAAAUAUAUAGAUCUAUAUAUGAAUGUUUGGCAUAUAUGCAUAGUUAAUCACCUUCUGAACAAAGGUGUGCAGAUUUUAUUCUUUCUAUGAACUCUUGAACUUUUGAACUCUGAACUAUGAACUAGGGGAUGAUUUGCACAAAACAAGGUGCUAGCAUAUAAGCCACUCAUCGUCAAAGCGCUCACCUGCAUCUGGAAUCCCAGAAUCGAAUAGUAUGCGUUCUCUUCACCUUUCAUACGCUUUACAUUUGUGUGCGUGUGGGUGUGGGUGUGGGUGUGUGUGUUUGUGCGUGUCCGUGUGAGCGUGUGUGUGCAUGCAUGCGCACAUGUAGAUGCACGUGUGUGUGUGUGUGUGUGUGUGUGUGUGUGUGAGAGAGAAAGAGAGCUUGAGAGACAGACUAUAGUUUAUUGAUAGGGUUUAAAUCUUUGAAAUUAUUCCACAAUAGCCUUACUGUAUCCCAGAGAGACUCCCGGUAGAGGCUGUGUAAAACAUAACACAUAACUCAAACAACAUUCAUGAGCAGCAAGUAAUUAGUAGUAGUAAUAAUUGCCCAGCUUUUUGUACUUCCCGCAAAGCAAUUUCACCUUUAAAAUGUGGAGUAGAAUAAUUAAAAAAUGAAUGAGCGAGAGGGAGAGAAUCGUAUGUAUGGAGAGAGGAUUUUGUGAAUUUGUAUAUAGUAGGCUACUCUCCUUCACAAUGUGAUGCUUUUACACUCCUCCAUACCCAGAAUGCAUCUGAGCUUUCACUCCACCUCAGCUACCUGGCUACUCCUUUUUCGUUUUUCAGACCUUCGGUUUGUGAGUUUUAGAUAGUUUUAGCCUGUGCUUCACAGGGUUAUCUAAAGAGGAAGCAACAUAAACAAAAGAAAAAAUGUGCCAAAAAAUGACAACUGUAUAUUUCUUCUUUACUUUACGACUACCUUAGUUAUAAUGUUCCUGAGCUAUUAGACUCAAUAAUAUGGUGCCAUCUCCUGGAAAUCUUGAGAACUACAGACAUUUUUAGAUACAUUACAUGUACAGCACCUUUUCUGGUGUGAAUGGUCAUUUUUAUGUUUUCUGAGAAUCCCACGUUGAGAUUUGUAUCAAAAUCUCAAUCUAAGUCAUUAUUAUUGCAGGGUCUUGCGAAGGGUGUGGUUUAACUGUGUUCAGGGUUGUUAUACAGUUUGAAAACACAGACAAAGAAGAACACAAUACACCUGUUGAUAGCAGAAAGGCACGGAGGACACAGCCAAGAGGACUCCUGAUUGUCUGUGUUCCUUCACCUCAGAGGCCGUUACGAAAACAUCACUCACUCUUAAUGAGUUUACCAGAGGGUUACUUUUGAGUUUCUUUUUUAAUCAACAAAGCACAAACUACAUGGUGUAGAGGGAGUGGCGUAAUCUUUUUAACAACCCACUGGAUUCUGAUCUUAUCAUCGGCCGGUGUUAAUUUUCUCAUCGUUUAUGAUCUCCUUUUUUGCACUGUGAAGUUUAGACCAGUGGACGUGUCUCCGCAGCGCUUCAGCCCUCCCUCCCCCCCGGUCCUACGCCCUUGCUCGACGCAGCUCUACGGUCAAACUAAUUUAAGAAGCUUCCACUGGACCAUGAGGCUAUCGAAAAGGCUCCAUGUGGCUUUAAUCUCUCUAAUCCGUAAUCUGAAACCCUUCCUCAUACGUGGGAAUUAGUAAAAGAUGCUAUUAAUAUAAUGGGAGGUAAACGUUCUCAUUUCCAUACAAAGCAAGAAAGGCUUGGGAAAGUGUUGUGGUUGAAGGGGGGGCUGUAGCCAGUUCUGAGAUAUAUCCACCACAGAGAUAUAUGUUUGUUAUCUUACGUAAUAAAUUUAUAAUUCAAAGUUUAA